CAAAUAAUAAUAAUAAUGUCCCAAUGUGCUGCUUUUAUUGUCCAUUUAAACUCUUCACACAGACACCAAUAUUAUAUUGAAACUAAAAACCCUCCUCUCUCCCUCUCUCUCUCUCCCCCAUACAGCUGCAGCUUCAGACUCCUCCUUUCAGACAUGAAUCCGAGGAGGCCGAAUUCGCCGCCGACGACGUCACUCAAACUCAUCGUCUACGUCACGAUCAUUAUAUUCCUCGUACUAACCUCCCUCUCCAUGAUUCUCGGCAAAUUCUAUUCCAUCGCAGCAUGGAAUCAUCGUAAUCCCAAUUUACACCGACGGCCGGCGGCGGGAUGCGCCGUGCCGGAGUACAAGCGGCGUCUAAUCGGCGACCUGGAGCCGCUGAUCGCCGAGGAGCCGACGGAAGUGUGGGAAGGAUUAGGCAAGCAAGAAAAGAACAUCAAAUACCUUCCGACAAUGUCGGAUCUGCGGCGAAAAAAUCGGCUGAUCUACAUCGACGUCGGCGCGCGGGACUACGAGUCCAGCAUCGGGUCCUGGUUCGAGAAGCAGUACCCGAAGCAGAACCGGAGCUUCGAAAUCUACGCCGUGGAGGCGGACAGAAGGUUCCACGGCGAGUACAGAUCGAAAGAAGGGGUGGCGCUGCUGCCGUACGCGGCUUGGAUAAGGAACGAGACGGUGGUGUUCGGGAGCAAGCCGAUCGUGGUGGGGAAGAAGGUGUGGCGGAUGCGGCCGUUCGGGCGGAUCGAGGGGGCCGGGGAGGAGCGCGACGGGGUGUCGGCGGUGGAGAGGGUGGCGGCGUUCGAUUUCGUGGAUUGGCUGAAGACGGUGGUCCGGCCGGCGGCGGAGGACUUUGUGGUGGUGAAGAUGGACGUGGAGGGGACGGAGAUUAAGCUUAUUGAGGAUAUGGUGCGACGUGGCGCCAUCUGUUUGGUCGAUGAGUUGUUCAUGGAGUGCCAUUUUGAUCGAUAUGUUAAGUGCUGCUCCGGCCAGAGGAUCAAUCGCUUUAAUUAUUCUUACGAUCAGUGUUACACGUUGUUUUCGGGGCUUAGGGAGAUGGGCGUUGUUGUUCAUCAAUGGUGGUGAUCAUUGAAUUUUCAUUUUUGGGUUGUCAGAUUCUUCUUUUUUUGUUUUUUUCUUUGUGUUCUUAGUUUGAUUUUGUUUUUUCAUACAUUUCGGCGUAUCCGCGUGUAUUGUCGACUGUUAGUUAAGGGGGAGCUUGUUAAAGUGACGAAUACAAAGAUAAUCUUUUAUUUUGGGACAGGUAGCAUGCAUAGGUUUCAAGACAGUGAAAAGUUUAUUACGUACUGGUACAGGUGGCGCAUUAGGGUUAGAGAGCGACGAAAAGUUUAUUACUUCCUCCUCCGU